AUGCAGCAAGAGGGCACCAGCUCGAACGCGGAAGAUUUUUUAGAUGGCCUUCACACUGUUGUUCCUCUGACAACAUGUCCUCAUCUUACCCAGACAAAUGAAGUACCUGAAGUAGGGAUUGAUGCGAAUUCUGUUUGCGAUGUGUGCAAUGAGGCAGCCGAACCGUGGGUCUGUCUAACAUGUUACAAGGUUAGUGCAUCACGGCCAUUUUAA